AAAGGCCGGGCAUUGAUAUAUGCUCAAUCACACCAUCAAUCCUAUACACACAAAAUAAAAGCACUUAAAAUAAAAAUACUAUUUUGCAGGAAAAAAAAAAAAAAAAAAAAGUUUGAGCGCCUUUUAAAUCUGAAAAAUUGUUUUUUUUUUUUUUUUUUCCUUUUCUAAAUUAAAAAAAGGAACAAGAAAAUGGGAAGAUCUCCUUGCUGUGAGAAAGCUCACACGAACAAAGGCGCGUGGACUAAAGAAGAAGACGAUCGUUUGAUCGCUUACAUACGCGCCCACGGCGAGGGAUGCUGGCGUUCGCUGCCGAAAUCCGCCGGACUCCUCCGCUGCGGGAAGAGCUGCCGCCUCCGGUGGAUCAACUAUCUCAGGCCAGACCUCAAACGCGGCAACUUCACCGAAGAAGAAGACGAACUCAUUAUCAAACUCCACAGCCUUCUCGGCAACAAGUGGUCCCUAAUUGCCGGAAGGUUACCGGGAAGAACAGACAAUGAGAUAAAGAAUUACUGGAAUACCCAUAUCAGAAGAAAGCUUUUGAGCAGGGGUAUUGACCCCACUACUCACCGACCAAUCAAUCAUGAUCCCGCUAUUAUUAUUAAUAAUAAUAUUUCAUUUUCCGGUACUGCAAGUUCCAAGGAUGAAGAUCGGAAAAAUAUGAGUGGCGGCGGCGGCGGCGGUGGUGGGUUGAUCGUCGGGAAAGAAGAGAAAAUGAUCAGCAGCCCGGUUAAUAUUAUUACAAAAGAACGGUGCCCGGAUUUGAAUCUUGAACUGAGAAUCAGCCCACCCACUUAUCAAGAACCGAUUUUGAUGAUGAUGAAAUCAGACAGUGAUGAAGAUGUAAGUAGUACUGUGUGCUUCGCAUGUAGUACUGUUCCACAGAAAAGCAAAGAGUGUGGGUGUGGUAAUAGUGUUAUUAUUACUGGAAGUAGCAGUAAUUCUGGGUAUGAUUUUCUUGGGUUGAAGACUGCUGUUUUGGACUAUAGAAGCUUGGAGAUGAAAUGAUCAUCACCCAUAUUUUAUUAA